AUGCCUGGCAUACCUCCUGAGGCAAUACUUGAAGCUCUCAUCCCCGGUUAUGGCUUUUUCGCCCGCCUUAUUUUCAACCUCGGCAAUGAUAUCUCAUCCUCAUUCUUUAUUCUCAUGGCGUCGUUGGCUUUUGGAGCGUAUGCUGUGCCAGCGUUCCGGAGCCGGCUCCAAACUUUCAUUCUAGCCUUUGCCGCGUCAAUUGAGAUCAGAUACAAUGACGAAUUGUACAAUAGUUCCUUGCGCUGGAUUUCCAGGCGAAAUAGCUUGAACAGAACGCUGCAUCUCGUUGCUGGUGCAGGAAAAUUCCAACCUUGGGAUGACGAGCACAUCGACAUACGAGAGAACUCACCGAGGAAGACCAUUUGCGCUUCGAAAGCAACCCGCGAGAUUUCUGGACCAAACGAAAGACCCUACCAUCUUCAUCAUUUCACCUACAAAGGAUGCUGGAUCGCCUUGCGCCGUCAACCAUAUGAAAAUAUACGCGUUCCUUGGGCUGCUGAUAUAGAAAAGUUGCAGUUUUAUGCAGCACCAUGGAGGACGCAGACCCUUAAAUCACUCCUUAGCGACGUACAGGAGUCCUCCGUUGAGCAUGAUAAUCGCCGCAUCGUUAUAAGAAGGGCAGUGAGGUUGGGAUCGAAAUUCGAGUGGACGGACGAAACAUUCAGGAAACCGCGCCCAUUAUCGACGAUUAUUAUGGACCAUAGACAGAAGAAGGAAAUCAUCGAAGACCUUCAGAAUUACCUCAACCCUCGUACCCGCCAAUUCUACCAGUCGCGGGGUUUCCCUUAUCGGCGGGGUUACCUUUUGUAUGGUCCGCCUGGUACAGGAAAAUCAAGUCUGUGCUUUGCCCUCGCUGGUCUGGCGCGGCUCCCCAUCUAUUUAGUCAGUCCCAGUGCCACUGGCCUGGACGAGUGUAGCCUAGGGAGUCUCUUCCGAUCUCUACCGGAACAGUGUAUUGUUCUUUUUGAAGAUAUUGACCAGGCCGGCAUUCGGAAACGCAACUCCGGUAUACCCCUUUCCCAUGAACACGAGGAAACAGUUGAAGACGAAGAAAGGAGUGUUCAAGAGAAGGGAACAAAUGGCAUCACUCUUUCUGCUAUACUCAACGUUCUUGGCGGCGUGGCCGCCCAGGAAGGUCGCAUUCUAGUUAUGACUACCAAUCACUUUGAAGACCUUGAUUAUGCCCUGGUGCGUCCCGGGCGCGUGGAUAUGAAAGUCUUCUUGGGCCACGCAGACCAGUCAGCCGUCCAAGAACAAUUUCUCACAGUCUAUUUAAAGCCUGUCGACGAACUUGUUAUUGGAAAUCGGGACUCAGCUGGUUCCAUCUGUCCAUUAUCUGCGCCAGCCAGUCCAAAGUGGGCAUUGGAUGACAUUGUCAAUCUGAAGCCAAGUCCCUUCGGGUCGACAUGCAGCGGCGGAGAUUCAGAAUUAUCUUUUGCAGUAUAA